AUGAAUAGGUACUUAUUGAAUCAAGUUAACGUCAGCGUGAAACUCUAUAGAUCCAAACCAAGUUUUUGCCUCCUUUCCGGGGCCGCCUCUGCCGAUUAUAAUGUAUCAUUAGAAGACAUUCGACUGCGCGUGAGUAAAGUCAAGGUCAACCCAGCAGUCAUCUAUGCACAAAGCCAGGCUCUCGAGGUGACUAAUGCAAAAUAUCCGUUUACUCAGACCAUGGUCAAACAGAUGACGAUUCCUGUGGGGUUAACAAACUUCACCUAUGAUAAUAUCUUCCAAGGUCUAAGACCAAACCUCGUGGUAGUCGGAUUUGUGAACGCCACCGGAACCACCGGUGACUAUAAACAGAACCCGUGGUUUUUCCAGCCCCACGACGUCACAUCCAUAGGACUCUAUGUGGAUGGAAUACCAGUCGGAGGAAACCCCUUAAAACUCAAGUAUGGCAGCACUGGCGGUCAGACCAUCAUUCCCGUUCUAAGGAACAUGUUACAUUCGACGGGGAAAUGGCAAAAUGAUUCUGGCUUCGACAUAGAGAGGGACGAAAUUGCAAAAGGAUACGCACUCUAUACCUUUGAAUUGGAACCUAGCUUCCAAACCAAUCAAUACCUUACCUUGCUUAAACAGGGAAACGUGAGGCUAGAGGUAAUCUUUGGAACGGCACUAACCUCAGCAGUAUCCUGUAUCAUUUAUUGUGAAUAUCCUGGUUACUUCGAAAUCAACGCUGCGAGAGACAUUGUGUUAUCAUGA